AUGGGGAAGUACGACUGGACGUCAGGGUGUGUAUCAGGAGCGAUCUAUAACCCCGUCAGCGCUGACCUCAACCAACUCAUCUCUGAUGUGUACGGACUCAGCGCCUGGACCAACCCCCUGCACGCGGACGUGUUCCCCGGCAUCCGCAAGAUGGAGGCGGAGGUUGUGCGGAUGUGCUGCGACCUGUUCCAUGGCGGUCCGCAGUCCUGCGGCACAAUGACGACAGGCGGUACAGAGAGCAUCGUGAUGGCGUGCAAGGCGUACAGAGAUCGCGCCAUCCACCGCGGCAUCGCAAAGCCUGAGAUUCUCGCCCCCGUCACCGCGCACGCCGCCUUUGAUAAGGGAGCUCAGCUGCUGGGUAUUCGCAUCAAGCACGUACCCAUUGACCCCGUCACCAUGCGCGUGGACAUCAAGGCCAUGAAGCGCAUGAUUACACGCAACACAUGCAUGUUGGUUGGCUCUGCACCAGGUUUUGCCCACGGGGUCAUUGACCCCAUCGCUGAGAUCAGCGCCCUUGGGGAGGCCUGGGGCGUCCCUGUACACGUGGACGCCUGCCUCGGGGGCUUCCUCAUCCCCUUCAUGGAGGAAGCGGGCUACCCUCUUCCCCUCUUUGACUUCCGCCUCCCCGGGGUCUGCAGCAUCUCGUGUGACACCCACAAGUACGGGUUUGCCCCCAAGGGCUCGAGUGUGGUGCUCUACCGCCACAGGCAGUACCGCCACCAUCAGUUCUUCGCACAGCCUGACUGGCCGGGCGGCAUCUACGCCACCCCCACCAUCGCCGGCUCCAGGGCUGGUGGCCUGAUCGCGACGUGCUGGGCAGCGCUGGUGCACUUCGGUCGCGACGGUUACGUUAAGUCGACGAAGGCGAUCAUCGAUAUUGCCAAACACGUCGAACAAAAAUGCCGCGAAAUCCCGAGCCUGGAAGUGAUAGGCUGUCCUGAGGUUUCGAUCGUCGCUUUCACAUCGAAAAAGUUCAACAUUUAUUCGCUGGCUGAUAAGAUGCAGAAGCGAGGCUGGUAUCUGGACUCCCUACAGCAUCCGUCCUGCUAACGCAUACCUCGAUGUUACUUAUGAUACAGGCUCCAGCUAACGCAUACCUCGAUGUUACUUAUGAUACAGGCUCCAGCUAACGCAUACCUCGACGUUACUUAUGAUACUGGCGAGUCGAAUGAUACGGAUUGAUCGUAUCUUCAGAAUUGAUCAAAUCAUUCGAAUAUCGUUACCUGAUCGAAUGAUACGAAUUGAUCGUUGUACCAGAUAGAUGUAUUAUGGUCACUACACACUCAUAAUGUCAUCAUAGAAUUACAGCCGUCAGUGUAAGAUUGCGGAAACUUGUUGCGGACGGCGUGUUACUUGGUGUCAUUUUUGCGUGAUGGACAGAAAUUCAUGUGCAUUAAAUAAGUAACUUUUCAUCCAGAUAACAUUUGUAUGUCGUGUCGGACGCGUUCACAUGAGCAAUGGUUUUUCGCACGAUCUUGUAUUCUCUUUAUUGGUAUAAAUACACAUAGAAAGUAAAUCUGAUGCGUAUAUCCCUAUGUAAUAUGUAAGAACGCAAGUUAUAUGAUGCACUAGCAUUGUAAAACUAUUAUAAAAAAUGUUAAUUUUGAUUGAAUACAAAGUGGCAAUCUUGGAUCGGACACCAUAAUCGAGCAAUGAUAUGCAUGAUUAUACAAAAUAUCUUAGCAAGCUGAAAGAAAUUUUAUAUUUACGAUAUCACGUUUCUCGCAAAGUACGCAUGCAAGUCGUAUCAAAUGAUAUGAUUUGAAAGAUUGGCAUAAGUAAUUAUACUUGUGGAUUUUAUUCCAAGUAUUAAUAUGCUAAAUGAAUGGUUUCAGAAAUAUACCUCAUUACCACUGGUUAUCAUAAUUAAAUGCCUCUUCUUCGCUUACAGAAAGAUCACAAAAAAUCAUUCCCCACAAGUAAUGUUUACAGUUAUGUCCAAAAAUUGAUCCUGAAUUUCAUUUCUGUCAUCAACACCUCUUUCUUCCGUCUCUUUGACAGAGAAGUCAUACAAAUUUUCUUCGUAUUCACUCAAGGCAAUAUCUUCAGGUUUCUGCUGUUCCCGUUCCAGGUUUUUGUUUUGAGUGUCGUUUUCUCUGGCGCGUACAUGGGCAUCCUCCGUCUGUGGGUUUGAUUGAUAUUCAUCUAGCGAGUUCAAUAUUAAUCCUCGAUUCACACUAGCUUCCGAGUUCAGGUUAUUGCCGUUAUAGUUAUUCAAGUUCUGGUUGUUGUCCACAUUUCCCUGCUGUUGGUUCGUUACCCACCACCAGUCGCCGGAAGCGGAGUCGGGGCAUCGUGAUGUGGAGUAGCUUACCGCUAGGGUUUCAGCCCCUUUGCCUGGAAAUGAUGUGAAACAAUUGAUCAUUACUCUGGUGCAUUUUAUCUUAGAUAUCAAUAAAAUUGGGAGAAGAAUCAAACAACAAUUUUUAUUAUUCCAAGAGUUAAGAUUAUUCUGUAUUUUUUUGUUUAUUAUUAAUUGAAAUAGCAGAUCCAUUGGCAUAUAAUAAGAGCAACGAAAUAAAUUAGAACAUUUUGAUGGUAUUUACUUUGUGUAGGUCUUUAACCCUCUACCGCCAUAUGUCACUCUCC